CUUGAGGGGAGGAACUGGAUCGAUACUUUCGUUUUGACCCUGCAUUGAAGUACAAAUGCCCUUUCAGAAAGUGAGUGCAUACUGUAUUUCACGGUUUGAGAUUCUUGUUAAACAUCUGUUAACCUGGUCAUUCUCUUAACAAAACGAAGACAUCUUCAACAUAUGGACUUGUUUUUACCACCUGCAACAAAAUGAAGACCUUUUAUGUGUUUACGUGUUUGUUUUUGUAUCCAACAUCUGCUUUAACAGGUUCUCACUCUUUGUCAUUGCUUCUAACAUACAUUAAGGGAGAAACAGCAUUUCCAGUAUUCAGUGCCAUCUUUAUGUUGGAUGACAUCACAGUUGGAUAUUAUAAUUCAGAAACGAAGAUCUACGUUUCAAGAGGAAAUACUACUAAUGAAGAUAACGUGGUGGAUCAAAGUCACCUAAAUACUAUAAGUGACUAUGUGCGUGUUCAUUUUAUGAGGAGAUCAAAUCAUCUGAAACCUGUAAACAAUACUGAAACUCAUGUAAUUUAUCAGAUUGUUAGUAUGUGUGAAGUGGGUAAUCAUAAACCUGGACAAAUGAUCACCAAAAGUGCAUUUAGGGGCUCGACGGUUGAUGAACUGCAUUUUUUUGAUGGGAAGUUUACAUAUCAGGGUAUAUUAAAUUACACAAAGCUAGAAAUCAAACCCUAUCUAGAACUAGCCAUGUGGCGGCUUGAGAAUUUAUACUACCCAGCCUGCGUAGAAACCUUGAAGAGUUACCUUAAAAAAAGAGGAACACAAGUAAACAGAAAAGUGAAACCAAGAGUCCGACUCAUUCAGAAAGCCUCUGAUUCUGGAUGGCUUGUUGCGAGUUGUUUGGCGACAGGAUUUUACCCUCGUCACAUCAACCUGACCCUGUUGAGAGAUGGACAGCCUGUAUCUGAUCAUGAGGUCACUGGAGGAGAUCUGCUGCCCAAUGGAGACGGGACGUACCAGAUGAGGAAGAGUCUGGAGAUCAGAGCAGAGGAGAGGGAAAAACACAAAUACACCUGCUCUGCCACACAUCUUAGUAUCGACAAUAAACUCAUCGUCACUUUGGAAUUUGAACCAGGCGAGCCAUAUAAACCAGUGAUAUUCUCAGUGCUGUUCAUUUUGGCGCUGGUCUUGGUGUUUGGGAUUGGAGUUUUUAUAUUUAGGUGCAGGAAAAGAAGAGCAGGUAUGACAAAAGAAAAAAACUAUUUAGAGAAUGAAAAAUUAUCCAGGGAGGCUUUACAUGUGAUGCUUAAAUAAUUGUUUAAUUUUUAUGUUACACAGUGACUGCACUAAGCUGUGUUUAUUCUGCUGCUUGAACUGAAAAUAGUUAACCAUUUUAAUUAAUUAAGCUAUUUUAAU